AUGGAGAUGCCUGAACGCCGGCGCCGAGGACUUCAUCGUGAAUCCCGCUCCUCACGCCCGCGCCGCCUCCACAUCGGUGCCCCCAAGUUCCGUCCAUCACAGGCAUACGGCUACAGCUGCUGUGCAGUAGGUCAAUCGGGACAAGAUGUUGCCCCUCUCCGGCCCUCCUCAAGGAAUCACGACGAGCUGCUGCCCUCCUCCGCCAGGAAUCCCAAGCGAGAUGAGCUGCUGCACCCAUCCUCCAGGAAUCCAAUGAUUAUGGACUUGUCGUUCUCUCUUUAUUCAACUUUUGUUAUAGAGGCUCAACAUGGUUUUAACAAGGUGUAUACAUUUGUUGAGACUUUGCUACAGAGGUGGAGCUAUUGUUUUGAAGGAUGCCAAAUUACAGAUAUGUGCCUGGACCUGUACAAGGAAUUUGGCACUACAAUGGCUGGCCUUAAGGUAUUCACAAAUUAUGACAAAGCUCAUGUGGAGGAAGCUCUGUGGGGUUUACUAGGAAAAGGAAUGGACAUGGCAGAAUCUUCAUGCUACAGUAUAUAUGGCAGCAUAAGUGGGUGCUAA